AUGGAUGGUCAAGUACAUGAUAAGAAUGGCCAAGGGUCACCUUCCACCAUAGUGACAGAUGGUGCUAAUGAGGCAUGUUUCUUGGGUAGUGCAAAAGCACAAGAUCACGGGGCACCUAACACAAUAUCAUGGAUGCCUUACCAAGAACCCCAACAUAGUUUCCAACCAUUACUUAACCCUACAAGUUUCCUUAUACAAUUUCAAGACUUGCAAGUUUCAAAUGACAUUGUGCGGAGUCAGGCUAUGAACUUGAUGAUCAAUAAGCCACAUACAGCUUCAAAUGUUGAUCAAACUGGAGAUGGCAUCUGGAAUCAUGGGUCAAUAUAUCAAUAG